AGGCAGGGCACUUACAGACAGUCCCUAACUGGCCUGGGUGGGCGGAGGAUGCCCGGGACCUCGGGUAUAAAAGGGAGAGGGCAGCCACCACCUGGGCACUGUCAGCUGCCACCCCACCCCCGACAGCCACCGACCGGAGAGGAGACCCAAUCAACCAUGUCCAUCCAGAAGAUCUACGCCCGCGAGAUCCUGGACUCCCGUGGGAACCCCACGGUCGAGGUGGAUCUGCACACGGCCAAGGGUCGUUUCCGGGCCGCCGUCCCCAGUGGUGCCUCCACUGGCAUCUAUGAGGCUCUGGAGCUGCGGGACGGGGACAAGUCCCGAUACCUGGGCAAAGGGGUCCUGAAGGCUGUUGAGCACAUCAAUAAAACCAUUGCGCCGGCCCUCCUGGAGAAGAAACUCAGUGUGGUGGAGCAGGAGAAAAUCGACAAAUUCAUGAUCGACCUGGACGGGACAGAGAACAAAUCCAAGUUUGGGGCCAACGCCAUCCUGGGGGUGUCUCUGGCAGUGUGCAAGGCCGGGGCCGCGGAAAAGGGGGUGCCCCUCUACCGCCACAUCGCCGACCUGGCUGGCAAUGCAGAGCUCAUCCUGCCUGUCCCGGCGUUCAACGUGAUCAACGGGGGCUCACACGCGGGGAACAAGCUGGCCAUGCAGGAGUUCAUGAUCCUGCCGGUGGGGGCGGCCAGUUUCAAGGAGGCCAUGCGCAUCGGGGCCGAGGUCUACCACAACCUGAAGGCCGUCAUCAAGGCCAAGUAUGGCAAGGACGCCACCAAUGUGGGGGACGAGGGCGGCUUCGCCCCCAACAUCCUGGAGAACAAUGAAGGUACCGGAUGCCUGGGUUCUCUCCCCGGCUCUGGGAGGGGAGUGGGGGCUGGAGGGUUAGAGCAGGGGAGCCAGGACUCCUGGGUUCUCUCCCAGUGCACUCCCUGGCUGCAGAUUGACAGGAAGAGGGUAGCAGCUACUUUAUAGGGCUGCGGUUGGGUU